AUGCCGAAGCACAUGAAAACUUCUGAGUCUUCGCUCGCACGAAAGCGCGCUGCGCUGAUUCGAUCGCCCUCGAAGGUGUCGAAGCGCGCGCCUACGACGGACACGAAACUGUGCACGCCCGAAGAGCGCGCGCGCGAACGACGUCCUCGUCUGUUGCUCGAAGACAACAGCGACGCCGACGACGACUCAGCGAAAAAAUCAGAUGGAAAUUCGAACGACGAUCGCGCGAAGGCGUCGGUCGAACACGACGCCGCCCACGGCGCCAACGCUGUGCCUCUGACAUCGCAGGUUGCGGCUGUAACCGUCGCCGACGUUGCCGCUCAAAUCGACGCGCGCGGGUCCGUGAGCAUCGCCGCGGAUCGCGCCGGCAACAACGCGAUCACUCAAGGAAAAAAAGGCGUGUUCGCCGUCGCCGCGCCGAAUCCGUUACAGCGCAAGAUCGAUUCGGUCAAGCGCGGCCUGACGCUGUUACAGUCCGCGUUCGACGUGCCGAACGUGAACGAACUCGACGAACACGACAGAGUUCGUUUGCGCCAAACGUUCGUCGAAGCGACGGAAGUUUACGCGCACGACACGCUUAUAUUAAGAGCGUACGAUCGAGCGAACGAUGAGUACGACUGGCCUGCGCUCAUCAGCCACGUUACGAACGUCAAAACUAUGCUGAGAACGACGCAGACGUGUCUUCAGCAACAACUCAAGUCGGGUCCGCCGAAAGCGUCUCAGCCGCAACUCAAGUAUUUACAAUCACUUGGGUACGAUGAGAACGCCGGCGGUAACACCAAGCUCAACGCGCUCAACAUGGACGAGGCGAGAAUGCUCAUCACGUCGCUCAAAGCUGCCAAAGCUUUCAGAGACGCCUGA